CGGAGACGUGGCUGAAAACAGGGAGCUUCCGAGUUCCCUCGCAUGUGGUUUGCUUGCUAGACAGCGCGGGGUGUCCCUCUGGUGGGUCCCUCCCCCGCCCCUUCACCGGGUGGACCCCACGCGCUCCAGGCUCCGAACAGCUCGCCGGUGACAGCACAGCCGCCUGGAACAGCCUCUGCCUCUGAGGUCGCCCGCGGCUGCGGAGAAGUGGGAUUCCUGCAGGGGACUGGAGGAAGCGGGUAGGACGGCCCCGGCUCCUGCAGGCAGAGCACAUCCACUCACAGCCUCGGCGAGCUGCCCUGUCCAGAGAUCCCUGCGACCAUCUCGGGGGCUGGUGAUGGGCUUGGAAGAUGGAGACCAUCCAGGACAGUGAUGCCUUACUGAGUCUGGGCUCCGUGAUCGACGUCGCCUGCCUCCGGGAAGUCAUCAAAGAUGCCAUUACGUCCGUGCUCCCCAAAGUGGAGCAUGUGUACAUCUACCUGCUGGACGGAGAAGCCAGGCUGACCUGCGACGACCCUCCCCACGAGCUGCCUCCCGAGGGAAAGAUCAGGGAUGCCGUCCUCAAGCAGAAGCAGGUGGGAUGCAAUGGGCUGCCCCAGUCAGAGCUCCAGGGCAAACCGAUGGACAGCCUGGCAGCACCUUUGCCUCCUGAUAAACAAGUGUUGAUAAACCCGCUGGUGGACAAGGACUCAGCGGAGGUGGUCGCGGUCAUCCUGGUGCACUGCGGGCGGCUGAGCGAGUCGGACGAGCAGAACCUGCGGGCGCUAGAGAAGCAUAUCCUAGUGGCGUACCAGCGUGUCCAAACCCUCCAGAAGCUGCAGCCCUGGCCCCAGGUCAGCCUGUCCACCAGCUCGUCCCAGAAUUCCCUGGCCAAGACCGAGAGGGCAACGCAUGGCGGCUACAGCGACCUGGACCGCAAGAUACUGCAGCUGUGCGGGGAGCUGUACGACCUCGACGCGGCCUCGCUCCAGCUCAAGGUCAUUAACUAUCUGAAGCAGGAGACCCAGUCCCCCUGCUGCUGCCUCCUGCUGGUCUCGGAAGAUAACCACCAGCUCUUUUGCCAGGUCGUGGGAGAUAAAGUGCUGGAAGAGGAGAUCAGCUUCCCUUUGACGUUUGGGCGUCUGGGGAAGGUGGUGGAGGAGAAGAAAUCCAUCACCCUACAGGACAUCAGUGUGGAGGAACACAAGCAGCUUCACAACAUGCUGGGAUUCGAGGUGACCUCCAUGCUGUGCGUGCCGGUCAUUAGCCGGGCCACCUCCCAGGUGGUGGCCUUAGCCUGCGCUUUCAACAAGCAGGGCGGAGAGAGCUACACGGAGGCCGACGAGCACAGAAUCCAACACUGCUUCUGCUACACCUCCACCGUCCUGACCAGCACGCUGGCCUUCCAGAAGGAGCAGAAACUGAAGUGCGAGUGCCAGGCGCUCCUGCAAGUGGCUAAGAACCUGUUUACGCACUUGGACGAUGUGUCGGUGCUGCUCCAGGAGAUCAUCACGGAAGCCCGGAAUCUCAGCAACGCCGAAAUAUGCUCCGUUUUCCUGCUGGACACGUUCAGCCAUGAGCUGGUGGCCAAGGUGUUUGACGGGGGCGUGGUGGAUGACGAGAGCUACGAAAUCCGCAUCCCGGCGGAUCAGGGCAUCGCGGGUCACGUGGCAACGACGGGGAAGAUCCUCAACAUCAAAGACGCCUAUUCCCACCCGCUCUUCUACCGGGGGGUGGACGACAGCACCGGCUUCCGGACCCGAAACAUCCUGUGCUUCCCCAUCAAGAACGAGAGCCAUGAGGUCAUCGGAGUGGCAGAGCUGGUCAACAAGAUCAACGGGCCUUGGUUCAGCAAGUUCGACGAGGACCUGGCCACGGCUUUCUCCAUCUACUGCGGGAUCAGCAUCGCCCACUCGCUGCUCUACAAGAAGGUCCACGAAGCCCAGUACCGAAGCCACGUGGCCAAUGAAAUGAUGAUGUACCACAUGAAGGUCUCGGACGAGGAAUACAAAAAGCUACUCAGCGACGGGAUCUGCCCCGUGGAAAGCAUCGACUAUCGCUUCGCCGAUUUCACCUACACGCCGCGCUCGCUGCCUGAGGACGACACGCCCAUGGCCAUCCUGAGCAUGCUGCAGGACAUGAACUUCAUUAACAACUACAAAAUGGAUCGCCAGACGCUAGCCAGGUUCUGUCUGAUGGUGAGGAAGGGCUACCGGGACCCGCCCUAUCACAACUGGAUGCACGCCUUCUCCGUCUCCCACUUCUGCUACCUGCUCUACAAGAACCUGGAGCUGGUCAAAUACCUGGAAGACAUUGAGAUCUUCGCCUUGUUCGUCUCCUGCAUGUGUCACGACCUGGACCACAGAGGCACCAAUAACUCUUUCCAGGUGGCUUCGAAAUCCGUCCUGGCGGCGCUCUACAGCUCUGAGGGCUCUGUCAUGGAGAGACACCACUUCGCACAGGCCAUCGCCAUCCUGAAUACCCACGGCUGCAACAUCUUCGACCACUUCUCCCGCAAGGAUUACCAAAGGAUGCUGGAUCUGAUGAGGGACAUUAUUCUGGCCACGGAUCUCGCUCACCAUUUGCGGAUCUUCAAGGACCUGCAGAAGAUGGCGGAAGUGGGCUACGACCCGGAGAACAAGCAACACCACAGCCUGCUGCUCUGCCUGCUCAUGACCUCCUGCGACCUCUCGGACCAGACCAAGGGCUGGAAAACCACCCGGAAGAUCGCUGAGCUGAUCUACAAGGAGUUCUUCUCCCAGGGAGAUCUGGAGAAAGCCAUGGGCAACCGCCCCAUGGAGAUGAUGGACCGGGAGAAGGCCUACAUCCCCGAGCUGCAGAUCAGCUUCAUGGAGCACAUCGCCAUGCCCAUCUACAAGCUGCUCCAGGACCUGUUCCCGAGAGCCGCCGAGCUGUACGAGAGGGUGGCCAGCAACCGGGAGCAAUGGACCAAAGUGUCUCACAAAUUCACCAUCAGGGGCCUCCCCAGCAACAACUCGCUGGACUUCCUGGACGAGGAGUACGACCUGCAGGGGAUGGACAGGGAGAGCGCCAAGAUGAACGGCUGCCUGGACACGGAGGGGCACAUGGAGACGGUGGCGCAAUGAGGUUCUCCUCACUGCGGCGGGGGGGCGGGGAGGGGAGUGACGGAGCGACAAACCCAGCGACUCUUUGUCCCUUUUCUCCUGGAGUCAAAGGAAAGAGGGAGCCAGUUUGGAGAAAUCCUUAUUUGUCCAGUGCGUUCUCUACAGCCCCGGUCCCCCCCCAGGCCGUGCCUAGCUCCGCGGGUGGGACAGUGGCUCUGAUUCACACCUGUUCGGGACACUCACCCACCUGCUUUUGUGGAUGCCGGGGCGGGGGGGCAUUAUUCCUUGGACUCCUUUUGCUGUACACUGAAAUGAACCCUGCUUCCCCGCUCCCCUUCUGUACGGGUACCGGCGCUGUUCGGUGGCUGCAGGGCUCGGUGUCUAGGCUAGGAACGGAAGGGGGUUCGCCAGGGCCGGGGAGAGCACAGCUGCCCUUGCGUCCCAGACCAGGAUCUCGUGCCUCACGCCCUCCUGAGAGCCGAACUUCACGGGCUGAUCAACAUGGAGGACUUUCGCCGCUGGCUGCUUCGGGGUGGGGGGAGAGGUCUGCAAACCCUGGCUAUUGAACGGGGGAGUUCCCUGGCCCGUGAGGCUGGGAUAGGGGAGAGCUGUGCCGGCGGGCGGGGACGGAGAGGAGAGGGGGCCAGUUGCAGAGGAGAGCGGAAAUGUUCCCGAGGUGGCAGAGACAAAUGGCCGGGAGAAACCACGUGUGGCUCGUCCUCGUGAACGUACCCGCGGGCGCAGAGCAGUAGGGCCGGUGGAAGCGGGUCUUUGCUCUGGGGAUGUCUGGCUGAGAGCACAAUGCGUUUUUCUGACCUCCAGGCAGUCGGGCGUGACGGGUCCCGUACUCCCAAGCACAGGUUCACGGCUGCUCUCCUCCCAACGACAGCCUCCCUGCUCUCAGAUCCAGGGCCAGCCGCCUGCUGUCACGCCCAGGAGGCCUGCCCCUGAGUGCUGCGGGAGGGCAGAGGAAGGGUGGUUAGAUCCAGAGAGGAGUCCAAAGCCAUCCCACGGGGAGACCUGUCCUGAGAGGACACUGCAGGGGAGGAGAGAGACUGGAGUCUGCAGGCCCUAAAAUGCCCCUGAUCCAUGCAUGUGCUGAGCAGAAACACCAGUGCAUGAGCACUGCCAGCUUGUGAACUCAGACGGGGCCAGAGCCACACCCGGUGUAAGCAGACGCACGUCCAUUGAUGUCAGCGCAGAGCGUUUUCCCCUUCCCCCACAUCUUGGCCCAUCGCUGCCUUUGUAAUUGAAACCUGCCCUUUUGAGAUGAGCCCUUCGGAUGCUUUAGCAGAGACGGUCCCGGUACCCAAGUGUGCCCUGCAAAUACCCAGCCGAGCCAGCAGCCGCCCACGCAGACGCACCCCGGCUGCCCUCGACAGGGUGCGGCCGGUUCCAGAAGGGAUCUGCCCAGCGGUGUCUCCCUGAGCAGUUGUGUUCCCUGAGCAAUGGUGCAGAGCCAGAGAGCGAUGAGCCAGCCAGCACACUGCACCCUUCACCAGAUGCACGGGCCGCCUGCACCUUGUCUAGCUGGGCCAGCGCGGAGAUUAUUUAGAGGCCUAGAUUGGACAUAGAACCCAGAGGGCAUGUGUCACACAUGCCAUCUGAAAUGUGCUGGGGGCAGCAUUUUCUACGGACGCUGGUGGGGUUUUAAGCCUCCUUCAGGCCUUUUAUUAACACGCUCGCCAGUCUCUUUUCGGCUGCACCCGCUGUGCUAGUGGUUUAGGUCUAAGUGACUUGGGGGAUGGUGGGAAUGCAGCAGAGAAAGAAACGCGUCAGCCAGCGAGCGUACAGCUCCCUAGCUACAUAGCCAGGUAUCGCAAUCACAGACCCUAACCUGGCACUUUCCCCGUUAUAUGCCUUGAAUUCAGAUUGAAUCCACGAGCUCCAUAAGGUCUAGGGCCCAUGAGCGGCAGAGCUGCAGCAAAGCAUUCAGCUCAUCGUCAGGAAAGCAGGAAAUACAGACAUUCUCCCCUAGGCCAGUACUGUGGUGGUGUGGCCAGCGUGUCCCAGCUGCCCGUGGACUCUGAGGGACAAAUCGUCAUCUGGCAGAUGGCCUCACUGCUGAGCAAAUGAUUGUCACCGGGGGGAGGCUGUCCCAGCCUUCAGGGAAACAGAUGGGACAGAACCCUGUCUCCUGCACUGCCUGGUUCCACUGGUCCCACGUUCUCACUCAAGAGGACAUUUGGUGCUGAAGCACUUGCAGGUUUCGUUUGCUACUGAUCAGAGGACAGGCCUGCUUGUGGAGUCUGUGUGGGCCUUUAAAUCCUUUCCCACGUCAUCUUCCCCUGCCAAUCGCAGCAGUCACUAGUGUAGAGAGUCCCAGGCGCUGUUCCUUCUUCUUAGGAAAAGACGUAACGGCCUGGGCUGGAGUCCUGGCCCCACUGAAAUCGGUGGGAUUGUGCCCUUGACUUCAGUAGGGCCAGGAUUUCGCCCCAGCUGUUCCCCCCAGGAUACGCUCUGCGGAGAGGCCAGUCUGCUGCUUUCUCACUUGUCUUCUGCACGCUUAGCUUGAUUCUUUCUCACAAGGGGCGUCUGCAUGGGAACAGGGUCUUGGAUCUCUGAGGCCAGGUGCCCCUUGGUCUCCCAGCUGAAGGCAUAAAUGGCUCUGUGCGGUGAUGACAUAAUUGCCACCUCUAGCGGUGCUCUAGGGCCAUCAGCAGAGGGUGAGGAACUCAGGGUACGUCUAUACUUACCUCCGGGUUCGGCGGUAAGCAAUCAAUCUUCUGGCAUCGAUUUAUCGCGUCUUGUCUAGACACGAUAAAUCGAUCCCGGAAGUGCUCGCCGUCGACGCCGGUACUCCUGCUCUGCGAGAGGAGUACGCGGAGUCGACGGGAGCCUGCCUGCCGCGUGUGGACCCGCGGUAAGUACCUUGUAGUUCGAACUAAGGUACUUCGACUUCAGCUACGUUAUUCACGUAGCUGAAGUUGCGUAUCUUAGUUCAAACUGGGGGGUUAGUGUGGACCAGCCCUUAGAUGGGAACCAAGAAGCAGGAGCAGAAGGACGGUGGCAUCCUCGGUUGAGGUGAGGUGGAUUUGAUGGACGGAUGGGACUGUCUCUAAUCCCUGUACGAGAGAUGGCCCUAAGAUAAACACCCUACGCUGAAGAGCCCCAAACUUUAGGGAAGUUUAGAGCCAGAUCUGGGCUUAUGGGUUGGCCCCAUUGAGUUGAAACAGACCAGAACCCCGAUCCAAGGUCUCCCUCAGCUCUGCCCUUUCCGGCCUAGACCCCUGUGUGCUAACUGCUGCCCUUCUCCACGCAGUCCCUCCAGACAAAGAGAGCUACAGGAGAGCACCAUGUAGAGGGAGAAGAGUCUCCAAAGAGAAUGUGGCCAGGUGGCAUCAGCUGCUUGUGUCGUUUCUUGUAGCGAGUCCAGAGAACCCAGGCUCUUCCCCCAAUAAUGAUACUGCAAAACAUGGAGGGAGGCUAGCGUGGCCCAGGGGUCCCCAGCAUUGAUCCAAAUGAAUCAAUGGUGGCUGUUCCUAGGGGUUGAAAUUCACCCGGUGCCGAGUGCUGGUGUAAUACCAACAGGAUCAAACCUGGGGCCUCUGGAGUUUAGUGCAUGAGACUCUCCCGCACGAGCUAGAAGCAACCUGGCUCUUGGCGAAGGUUGUAGAGCAGACGCAUUAAUCGCCAAGGGGUCUCGGUGCCACUAGAGGGGCCAGAACACCACACCCAGGAGGUGUGUGGGUUACGCUGGCACAAGCCCACUGCACGAAGUCCCAGCGAAACCCUUUUUCGGAGGUACAAGCAGGCCAGAGGGGUGUAUUACAAAAGCGGGUCCCUUCGCUUUGCUAAAGCAGCAUCUUCUGAAAUCACAAGCCUGGCAAACCUCAACCAAAGCCAUCCGACAUCGACGGGGCUGCCGGAGUCUUUGCUGUGGGGGGACAGCUGGGGGGUGGAGUUAUGUAAAUGUUUUGUGGCAAGGGACGAUGUCCCUACCCAGAAAAGAGACAUGCUCACUGCUGAGCGGCUCAAGAGUGUUGAGUGCCUGUGUUAUGUGGGAGGUCACAGUGGUCCCAUCUGGCUUUAAAACCUAUGGCCGAGGAGCGGUAAGCGCUGCCGUGUGUGUUUAAUCUAAGACUGUUGGAAUUUGCAGUGCUGUAAAAUGGGGGCAAGCCCAAGCAGAAGCACAUCGGGCCUGGAAAAAGCCCUGCCGGUAAACACAGCAGCUGGGGCUUACGGUCCUGGAGAUCAGGUUUCCAUCCCAGAGCAGCGCUCAGCAUGGGGAGAAAAAAGGAGCUGGUGUUUAGGGCAGCAGAUUGCAUCCUAAAGGAGGAUGCUAUUCCUGGCUUCGCCACUGACUCACCGCGCGGCCUCAGGCAAAUCACUUAAUCUCGCCCCAUGCCUUGGUUUCCCCAUCCGUGACUCCCUUAUCUCACAGGAGCUGCUCUGAGGCUGGAACCAUUAUUCAGGCUUUGAGAGCCUCAAACGGAAAGGGCUACCAAAGUGCAUCAGUGAGAUCAGCAGCUGGACUGUUUAACUGGGGAGGAAGGGCAGGGUUGUCCGGAUCCUGUGAGUGGCUGAGCACUGGAGUGUGUAAAUGUAGGAACAUCUGGUCUUCAGUGACAUGCAGUACACACGGGUGUCAUCCCUACCUGCUCUGCGCAGCGACCAGACAUUGGCCCGUGCUGUGGGUAUGAAUUCCUUGUGGAUUUGGGCUACAUACAAGUUUUCCUCGGGGUCUUUUUUUAAUUGUAUGUUUCUUUGAAUAUAUGUCGUGUGUGCUGAUGUACGUGGGGAACAGCGGGAGACUCUGAAGACAAGGAUGCUAACCGAAAACAUGUAUUCAUUUGCCUUACCUAUUCAGAGUUGCCUUUAGAAAGAUGCUUUGUAUAAAAUACUCUGUAGGACCUUGUGUCGUUACUAAACGUGAAUGUUGGCUGAUAGCUUUGUAUAGGAGUACGUCUAGUUCUUUCUACCACAAUCCCUCUUAGAACAACUGUAAGUAUUUGCAGAGGGGAAGAUAGCAGAGAAAUUGGAAAAAAAUAAAUAAAAAAACCCCUAAAGGCAAAAAAAAACACCCCAACUCUGAAAACAAAGCUUCCUCUGAUUGUUACGCUCCAUUCGAUUGUAUCUGGCAGUGCUUGUGAUUAAUUUCUAACCACCACAUUGUAUUAUAGCCAUUGUUCGGGAAUGGGAUAUUAUUUAUCGACGCUCCAUCUUCCGCUGCGUGAAGAACAAAGUUGACGGUGUAUGUAAACUCGCGGCAACGUGGCUUUAUUGAUGGUUUCUAAGGGUCUGACUUGUCCAUUGGUGGCACGCUGGAAAAGCGGGGGGGGGGGGGGAAUCAAUGGGUGAAAUCUAUCCCUUGUUUCUCCACUGGAGAUGUGUAAGAAAAAACAGAGGGUGAAAUUCACCCCUGUGUAAGGCCUGUGCAUACCUAGGCACUGGGACUCAGAGGGUACAGAGAACCUGUGCUAGUCUGAUUUCACCCUUAGAGAACGCCACCACUGCUAGCUUACAUGCGGACAUAAGCGUGUUUUUCCCCCAGCCUGGCCCUUUUCUAGUUGAACUCUUUCCUGCAAAUGAAGCAAGAGCUGUCAGCAAACCCACGCAAGGUGCCCCCAUCCUUCCGCUCAUUUGCAAGCACAAAAGAGCGAAGGGUGUGGGGGCGUCACAGACGUGCCAACGUCCUCAGCCCGCUGCGUAGAUGCCACCGGAUUCCCCUGGCGCUGUAUAAAAGCGGAGACAACAAACCAAACCAAAAUGUGAAGUGGCUAUUUCAAAGUUGUGGCCCGUGUUUUGCGCCCUGGCUGGUUUUAAUGUUGCUGUGUAUGUGUGUGUGGUUCAUUUUCUCUCUCGCCCUUGUACAUAGCCACCUGUAGAUAGUGUAAAGCCAGGCCGGUUUGUAGGGGUUCUCUUACCUAGUGUGUGUGUGGGUGUGAAAUAUUUUCCAGCUUUUCUGUCUUCUUCUUACAUUGGUUGUUCUGGGGUUUCAUUUUUUUUCUCCCUUAAAUAGUUGUGAAGGGGAAAAAAUGGGGAUUUUUUUUUCCUAAUAAAUUUCAUACGCCGA